GGCUGAUAACUGAAACCAGUAUGGCUCUCUUUCUCCGAGUUACGGUGAUGGUCCUGGCUGUGAUUGGGCUGACCAGGGCUGGAUGUCCACCGCUAUGGACUGAAUAUCGUAACAACUGCUACCGUUUCAUGGGUCAUGAAAUGUCGUGGACCGAUGCAGAAAACCACUGUCGGGAGUUCUUUACCAUCAGCGGACAGGGCCAUCUAGCAUCCGUGCACAGCUCCGACGGAGUGGAUUUCCUGAUCCAGUAUUUGGAAUCUUCAUUCAUCUCUGCGUUGGGCAAAAAAGUGUGGAUUGGGUUUUCUGACCAGUCCAAUGAAAGCACUUUCAGCUGGACUGACGGCACAGCGUUCGACUACGAGGAAUGGCUUCCUGGACAACCGGAUGAUUACGGCUCUGGGGAAGAUUGCGUUGAAAUCUGGUUUCGUAUGGAGCAUCAGACGGGUUUGAAUGAUCGCCCCUGCUCCGAGCCCCACUCACAUGUCUGCAAGAUGCCGAUUGGUGUCAUGUGUUGUUUGUGA